AUGCCAUAUGCUGCUUCCUCGAAGGACCCGUAUCUUCCAGCUGCAGCCCAUUUCUGCUGGGCUGGGGCUCAGCCCGGACGGGCACCCGCGAAUAAGCCCAAGGGGGACCUCGCCCUCCCGCUGCCUUCGUCUCCCCAGGUCCACUUAGAAGCGGCGGAGAGGCCGCCCUCUCCCGGCACGGCCCGGCCCGGCCGCCCUGCCGGGCACGGCCUCCCCUCGGUGAGCAAGCCCAUAAGACACAAGCCCAACAACAAAUUCAUGGCAACAUCUGGAGGAACUGGCCGCUCUCCCCUCAGUGUUCUACAAGACGAUAAUUCUCCCAGUGCUCCUGCCCCUCGCCAGGGCAAGAGGCAUGUUUUGGGAGAGAACCUUGGGGAGAAGAAGGAAGUGGAUCCGAGCAGGAGCCUUAAAUCUGGGAACUGUGCUUGGAGUGACUUGAACAAAGAGAACCAACAGUGUCCUUUUGUGGAGAACUAGACACUUCUUUUUUCAGGAUCUUGCUAUAAUUUGCUCCUAUGUUUUGAGAAUUUCCUAGUGGGGAGAAAUCCUACAAUAGACUGAAACACCAAAGAAGUGGUCAUAUUUCUCAGCCUCCCUGUUAGGGAAAGAUCUCUCCCUCCUCUUCCUAGUUUGUUGUGUCUUAUGUACAGCACAGACUUUCUAUUUUUUAUUGUAUAUCAGCUGUAUUGAUUUUUUUCCAUAGAGUUUUUAUCUCUAGUAAAUAAAUUUGUGUUCAACCUUU